UCCGAUGCGGCGCGGCUGAAGCGCGCGCUCCUCUCUCUCUGUGUCUGAAUGCGGCGCGCGCGGUGAACAGUCGGAGCUCAAACCGCCGUCAAACCGCCCGCCAUGGGUUCCCGCGCGCUCGCGCCGCUGCUGCUCCUGCCGUGGCUCGCGACUCAAACGCGAGGAGGAUUUCCGAACCAGAUCAAUAUCGGUGGUCUGUUCAUGCGUUCUACGGUUCAGGAACACAGCGCGUUCCGUUUUGCGGUUCAGCUCUACAACACCAACCAGAACGUCACCGAGAAGCCGUUUCACCUCAACUACAACGUCGACAACCUGGAGUCGUCCAACAGCUUCUCCGUCACUCACGCCUUUUGUUCUCAGUUCUCUCGGGGUGUGUAUGCGAUCUUUGGGUUCUAUGAUCAGCGCUCCAUGAACACCCUGUCAUCGUUCUGCGGUGCGCUCCACACCUCCUUCAUCACUCCAUCGUUCCCCCUCGACGCCGACGUCCAGUUCGUCCUACAGAUGAGACCCAGUCUGAAGGGGGCGCUGCUCAGCCUGCUGGGACAUUACAGAUGGGACAGAUUUGUUUACCUGUACGACACGGACAGAGGGUUCUCCAUGCUGCAGGCGAUAAUGGAGUCCGCAGUAGCGAAUAACUGGCAGGUCACGGCUCGAUCUGUGGGGAACAUCGUUGAUCCUCUGGAGUUCCGCAGGAUCAUAGAGGAGAUGGACCGCAGGCAGGAGAAGCGCUUUCUGAUUGAUUGUGAGGUGGAGCGCAUCAACGCUAUACUGGAACAGGUUGUGACUUCAGGGAAGAACAGUCGAGGAUAUCACUACAUCCUGGCUAACCUGGGUUUCUCCAACAUGAGUGUGGAUAAGGUGUUUUCUGGAGGUGCUAAUGUAACAGGGUUCCAGAUAAUAAACCCGGAGAACCCGAUAGUGCAGCAGUUCCUGCAGCGCUGGGACCGUCUGGACGAGAGGGAGUUUCCUGAGGCUAAAAACGUGCCGCUGAAGUACACGUCGGCGUUGACCCACGAUGCCAUCCUGGUGAUUGCGGAGGCGUUCCGGUACCUGCGGCGUCAGCGGGUGGAUAUUUCUCGGAGAGGUAGCGCCGGAGACUGCCUGGCCAAUCCGGCCGUGCCCUGGAGCCAAGGCAUCGACAUCGAGAGGGCCCUCAAAAUGGUUCAGGUUCAGGGGAUGACGGGCAACAUUCAGUUCGACUCGUUCGGCCGACGCUCGAACUACACGGUCGACGUUUACGAGAUGAAGCCUGGAGGAGCCAGAAAGAUUGGGUACUGGAACGAAUAUGAGAAAUUUGUUUAUAUAGUGGAGCUGCAGGUUACCAACGAAUCCUCUUCUGUGGAAAACCGAACAAUUGUGGUCACUACUAUUAUGGAGGCUCCAUAUGUGAUGUAUAAGCGGAAUUAUAUGCAGUUGGAGGGUAAUGACCGCUAUGAGGGCUACUGCGUGGACUUGGCCUCAGAGAUCGCCAAACACGUAGGGAUCAAAUACAAACUGUCCAUCGUGGCCGACGGCAAAUAUGGGGCGCGUGACCCCGAGACCAGGACCUGGAACGGCAUGGUGGGAGAACUGGUGUAUGGGAGGGCGGACAUCGCGGUGGCGCCGCUGACCAUCACGCUGGUGCGAGAAGAAGUGAUAGACUUCUCAAAGCCCUUCAUGAGCCUCGGCAUCUCCAUCAUGAUCAAAAAGCCCCAGAAGUCCAAGCCGGGCGUCUUCUCCUUCCUGGACCCGCUGGCCUACGAGAUCUGGAUGUGCAUCGUGUUCGCCUACAUCGGCGUGAGCGUGGUCCUCUUCUUGGUCAGCCGCUUCAGCCCGUACGAGUGGCACCUGGACGACAGCGACGAAGCAAAGGACCCUCAGAGCCCCCCGGACCCGCCCAACGACUUCGGCAUCUUCAACAGCCUGUGGUUCUCGCUCGGAGCCUUCAUGCAGCAAGGAUGCGAUAUCUCGCCAAGGUCUCUCUCAGGUCGUAUUGUGGGCGGAGUCUGGUGGUUCUUCACCCUCAUCAUCAUCUCGUCCUACACUGCUAACCUGGCUGCGUUCCUCACUGUGGAGAGGAUGGUGUCUCCGAUAGAGAGCGCGGAAGAUUUGGCCAAACAGACGGAGAUAGCGUACGGCACGCUGGACUCAGGGUCCACCAAAGAGUUCUUCAGGUGCCCAAAAUCAUCAACAGAUUCAGAAAACCCAGAGAAAUCCAGCUGAAUACCCAUGACCUUCGACCCCUCAGAAGGCACUGCAUUAAAAAAUGGCAUGUUUCUGUGAUGAUAUCACCACACAGGCUCAGGAAAACUCUGACAAACCGUUGUCAAUAAACACUGUCCAUCGCUGAAUCCACAGGUUAAGGCUGAACAGUGAGUCUGCAGAGACGUCCAGUUUAGUGGAGAAAGAAAGAAUUUGUGUGUUGGAGGGUGAAUGU